GUUCGACCUUUCGCGCUCCGCGGCGAAUCAUGCUCGCUCUGCCCGCCCUACGGCUUCUGACUCGCCACCCGCGCCAGGGACUUCUGCGGGGCAGCCGGGCGGUUUGCGCGGCGGCGGAGAACGGGGGGAAAACCACCAGCCCAGGACCGCAAGCGCCGCCCUUCGACGCCGGGCUGCUGGAGAUCCUCGUGUGUCCCCUGUCGAAAAAGCCGCUCAGAUAUAACGAAUCCACAAAUGAGUUAAUUAAUGAAGAACUAGGUAUAGCAUACCCCAUCAUAGAUGGCAUUCCUAAUAUGAUACCUCAGGCAGCAAGAAUGGUUGGCAAGGAGAAGCAGGAAACAGAAUCUGAGCAAACCUAGAAGAUUAUCCUCUUGGAAGGAAGUUGGAAGACAAGUGGAGUAAGAUGUUUCCCUCAUUUCCUACCAUGACUGUACUUGUCCCGCUGUUGUCUUUAGUUGGCCUCUUCUAUUCAGCCAGUGUAGAUGAAAACUUCCCCCAGGGCUGCACAAGUACAACCAGCAUAUGUUUCUACAGCCUGCUGCUUCCAGUUACAAUACCAGUUUAUGUAUUUUUCCAUCUUUGGACCUGGAUGGGCCUUAAACUUUUUCGCCACAACUAGAUUGUGCUUAACUCUUUAAGAAGCCUCUUAAAAUAAAGAAUGAAGUUUUUUGAAAACUGGUUUCUUAAUAUUCUGGCCUUUAUAGUACACCUGAAAUGAAACGGAGGCUAACUAUCUUCAGAUGCAAGUACAUCCAAGCAAAUUGAAAAGUCCCUUGCUCAUUAGGGCAUGCCUACUCAAAGCACACAGGAAUAUCAAACAAGAAAUCAAAUAUGAAAAUCAAGAAAGCAAUACGAAGGGAUACAAGGCAAGUCUUCUUUCAAUGAAGGAUCUUAGGCAUGCAACAACGCAGUCUGGAUGUGUAGGAAAUGUCAUUUUUCUAAUCUUUGGUGAAAAAAAAAUUCUGCAGAAUUAUUCCAAAAGACAGUUUCAUUACCUGAUGAUUACAGGCAAUUAUUUAUAUAGACUGAGUACAAAAUAGUGUUUUGUCAAAUCCAUAGAUGAAAAGCUCUGAAUGAAUUAGUAUUUGAAUGUUAGUACAUUCAAAUACAUUUCAGCUCGGAAUGUGUAAGAGGGUCACAGGUAAACUAUAUGUAAUAGUGUUCUUGGCUUACUGACAAUGUAAUGUUAGACUUGAUUUCUCUUUGAUGAAGCUGCACUAUUGUUCUGUACAGACCCAGGAUUUUGAACUCAGAUCCACAAAUACAAUUGUGUUGUGUCACAAAAGUUGACACUAAAUGAAAAAUAACAAAAUUGAAUAGGAAAUGGUUUCUAAUAAAGCAUCUGCAGUGCCU